AUAGAAGAAGAGAAGCGAGACGUCAUGGCGGCUGACAGUUUGUGAUGAUUUAACGAAAACAGUAAAGACUCGUGCAAGUUGCAUACCCAGCGUUUAAACCGCACCCAGGAAUAAUAAAACUUCGCCGGCAAGAUGCUAAUAACUUUGAAGACCUUACAGCAACAGACUUUCAAAAUUGAUAUCGAUGACGAGGAGACGGUGAAGACAUUAAAAGAGAGGAUUGAACAGGAGAAGGGAAAGGACAAUUUUUCAGUUGCUGGACAGAAACUGAUAUAUGCUGGUAGAAUCCUCAACGAUGACUCACCCCUCAAGGAAUACAAGAUCGAUGAGAAGAACUUUGUGGUCGUCAUGGUGACAAAGCCUAAAAAAGCCUCCACUGCCUCACAGCCUUCAACAGCAGCCUCAGCUUCCAGUACUACAGCUCCAGCAGCACCCUCUGAUUCAUCAUCCACUUCAGACAAACCAGCAGAGCAGUCCUCUAUAGAUGACAAACCAGAGGAGAGGCAGCCUUCAACAACGGAAGCAUCUUCCACUCCUGUCGGACGCUCUGGGGAUUCAGCAAACUUAAUCAGUGAAGCAGUUUCAAAUCUAGUGACAGGCUCGUCAUAUGAUGCUAUGGUGAAUGAGAUGAUGCUCAUGGGCUACGAGAGGGAGCAGGUGGUGGCCGCUCUUAGAGCAAGCUUUAACAACCCUGACAGAGCUAUGGAAUACCUGCUUACAGGUAUCCCAGGCAGAGAUCGGGGUAAUGCAGCAGGACGUGACACAGUGGCGCCGCCAGCCAGUGGAGCUCCAGCUGCACCUGCAGGCAAUGCCAGUGUUCCUGCUAGUACUGGGUCUUCACCAAGUGCUGGGGGAGGCAAUCCACUGAGCUUCCUAAGAAAUCAGCCCCAGUUCCAAGUGAUGCGACAGCUGAUCCAGCAGAAUGCAGCCCUUCUUCCUGCCCUGCUGCAAGAGAUCGGCAGGGAAAACCCAGAGCUGUUGCAGGAGAUCAGCAACCAUCAAGAGCAGUUCAUUCAGAUGUUGAAUGAACCUGUUCCAGAACCAGUGCCAGGAGGAGGAGGAGGAGGAGGAGGAGGAGGCAGCGGCGGGAGUGGCCGUGGUGGUGGUGGUGCAGGAGGAGCUGGCGGAAAUCACAUGAACUAUAUCCAGGUCACACCACAGGAGAAGGAGGCCAUUGAAAGGCUAAAAGCCUUAGGAUUUCCAGAGGGACUUGUUAUACAAGCCUACUUUGCUUGUGAGAAGAAUGAGAACUUGGCUGCCAACUUCCUUUUACAACAGAAUUUUGAUGAGGAUUAAACAAGUCAUCUUCAUUUUGAUUAUUUUCAUACUUUCUCUGUUUUGAUUUCUGAUUUUUGAUAUAUGUCUACAGCAAGCCUUUUAGUUUCCAGAAACAAUUUUAUUCAUCACUUUCACAUUCUACUUUCUUUGUAACACUGGAUCAUUAUCAGCUGGUGGCAGCUGUACAAGGACAGGAUUUUGUUUGAUUGGUUAAAAUUGAAGUAACAAAGUACAAUAAUUUUGCAUCAGAAAUCAUCUGUUUAUUAUUAUUUGUUAUACUUAAGACCAAUAUGUCUUAUGUUGAAUGUUUUUGUUUUUUUUUGUUUUUUUUCUUCACUUAAAUGAGAAGUUAUGGGUACAUCUGAAAGAUUCUGACAGUAUUCAUGCACGCUUAUUUGAUUUUGAAGUUGACUUAAAAUGUAGAUUUGAAAAAAUUAAAAUGUUCAACACAA